CCUCAUAUAAAAGCCAUUCCUUUUCAAAAUCAGCAGAGCUCGCAAGCGGGCCACCGCCAUUUUCCUUUCUUCCCCAACUCUCCCAACACAAUUCCUCCAGCAGACAAACCUUCGAAUCCUCGAACCCUCCUCACAUGUUGCUCACCAAGCUCUCCCGCCAAAAACCAUCAUCACUUCCCUCCUUGAUCCUCUGGCGCCACCUCUUCUCCACCUCCACCGCCCCCGUCUCCUUCUCCCCCUCCUCGAGGCUCCGCACCCAAUACAAUUUCCGGCCGCCGCCGUCUCUCCUCUCCCGACACCCCAAAAGCCCUGACCCUGACCCUGACCACAAACCAAACCGCCCCGGCAAGAAAACCAAACCCCAGUACCGCCCCCCUUCUUCCCUCGACAAGGAAUCGAUCAAGGCCGUGAAAUCCGACCUCCCGUUCGACUUCAGGUUCAGCUAUACAGAGAGCACCCAGAGCGUGAGGCCCAUCGGUCUGCGGGAACCCAAGUACUCGCCCUUCGGGCCCGGGCGGCUCAAUCGGGAGUGGACUGGAGUAUGCGCCCCAGCAGUGGACCCGAAGGCAAGGUCGGUGGAGGAGGGAGUGGAGGACCCGAAGCUCGAGGAGAAGAGGAGGAAGAUGAGAGAGAGGAUUCAAGGGGAGCCCCUCUCUGCGGCCGAAAGGAAGAUCUUGGUGGAGAGCUGUCAGAGGAAAAGGACCAAUAGACAGAUUAAUUUGGGCAGAGAUGGUUUAACUCAUAAUAUGCUGAACGAUAUUUUCAAUCACUUGAGACGUGCUGAGGCAGUCAGAAUUAGAUGCAUGGGUGUUGCCACAGUCGAUAUGAAGAAUGUCUGUCACCAACUUGAGGACAAAACAUUUGGGCAGAUCAUACAUAGACAUAGUGGUCAGCUUAUCCUGUACAGAGGUAGAAAUUACAAUCACAAAAAGAGGCCCGUGAUUCCAUUGAUGUUGUGGAAACCCCAUGAGCCGGUAUAUCCCAGGUUGAUCAAAACUACAAUUGAUGGACUAAACAUCGAAGAAACUAAAGAAAUGAGGAAGAGAGGCUUAUCUAUUCCUCCUAUCACAAAGCUCGCGAAAAACGGAUAUUAUGCAAGUUUGGUGCCAAUGGUGAGGGAUGCCUUUCUCACCGAAGAGCUAGUCCGUAUAGACUGCCAGGGAUUAGAAAGGAGCGACUACAAGAAAAUAGGAGCCAAACUUAGAGACUUGGUUCCAUGUAUCCUUGUGACGUUCGAGAAGGAACAGAUUGUGGUUUGGAGAGGGAAGGACUAUAAACCUCCAGAGGACGGAUACUAUCCUCUCGACGAUUGGGAAUUGUGUGCUAGUUCAAACAAGGACAAAGUAAGCAGCUCGGGUGGUGUUGAUCAAUCAUAUGUGAGUACUAGCAACGAGGAGUUCUACUCUGGUGAUGAUGAUUAGCUCAUCUUUUUGAUAGAAAAUAGACAAAAUCCAUAGAUUAUUAUGUGAUUAAAAACAACGUUCUUCAGUGAAGAACGUGUUGGUUUUUCUAUUUAUGAUUGGUAGGCAAAGCAAGAAAAGGAACAGAAUGCGAAUGGAACCAACCAUACAAAAAUGACCAUUUUGUACGAUCGGUUUUCAUUCCAUUCCUUUUCUGUCGCGCCUAACCUUUAUUGUAUAGUGUAGAGCUCCUCAGCUGGAAAGAAUGAUGCAGUCAUCAGAGUUAGGGCUCCAGAUGAAAGGAAUACAUAACAGCCUAUGACAUUUUCAAUCGAGAAUUAUAAUUAUCGGGUAUCAUUCCGUGUAUUC